UUUAGCUGCCCGGCUGCGCUGCAGCCUCCUCAGUAGAUCUAAACUGGGACCGGACCGAGAGCGGUCGUUUCUUUUACCGAGGGGGUGGACCGGAGGAGGGAAGGUUCGCUUCACCGAGCCGCAGCGAGGACCCGGACCAGGAAUCAGGUUCAGCCCGAUUUGGUGAAACUUUGGCAGGAAUUAAGAAGGAAAAUAUCCCAGUUGUUCUUUGACAUGGAUAAAUGUUCAGUGGGAGGAUUAGAAUUGACUGAACAGACUCCUGUUUUAUUAGGGAGUACAACUAUAGCAGCUAGUCUCAUGGAUGUAGGAAACUCGUUUGGUAAUCCAGCUAGUCUUUUAGUUAAUAGAUCUAGAAACUCCUCGGUGGAAGAUGAUGACGACGAUGAUGAUGAUGUUGUGUUUGUUGAAUCUAUACAACCUCCUUCAAUUUCUGCACCAGCAAUACCUGAUCAAAGAAAUGUAAAAUUUACACCAUCAAAAAAUGCAAAGCUGCAAGGAAAAUAUUCUGUAAUUCUUCCUUCCUCAAGAGAUUUCACUUCUCAAAAGGGAAAUAAAAGUGAGACAAUUGUCAUUGAUGAUGAAGAGGACAUAGAAACUAAUCAAAGGGAGGAGAAAAAUUCUUCCAGUUUUACUGAAUUGAUAAUUCCUGAAACUAAAAUCAGAACCAAAGAUUUGGAUUUCUCCAUUUCCAGUCUUUCAAGAAGAAAGACCAAGACUGGACUAGGACCUUUUAAUCCUGAUAGAAUAAAUGUGGCAGGAGACGUAUUUCAGAAUGGAGGAUUUGCAACUCAACAUAAUCCUGAUUCUUGGAUUUCCCAGUCAGCAUCAUUUCCCCGUAAUCAGAAACGACAAGAGGUGGAUUCUUUAUCACCAGUGGCCUUACUUCCUAAACACAUUUUCCAGCCUUCUACCCAACAGCAACCUACUAAAACAGUAAAAAUCACUUGUGUAAACUGCAAAAAGCCUUUGCAGAAGGGACAGACAGCUUAUCAACGAAAAGGAUCAGUUCACCUCUUUUGUUCUACCACCUGCCUUUCUUCCUUCUCUCAUAAGCGUACUCCAAAGAAACGCAGUGUAAAGUGUAAAAAAGAUGCUCCUACAAAGAAGCCUGCUGCUGUUGCUCAAGUGGAUUCAAGCAAAUCCUUCCUGGAAUUUUGUAGUACAUCUGAUUUAGCUCCCUAUGAAGACAGUCAGAAUCCUAGGAAAGGACUUUUGAAUAAAUCAAGAUGUAUAAUCUGUAGCAAGCUAACAGAGAUACGCCAUGAAGUCAGCGUUAAUAAUAUAACUCAUAAACUAUGCAGUAACCAUUGCUUUAAUAAGUACAGAUUGGCCAAUGGUCUAAUAAUGAAUUGCUGUGAACAGUGUGGAGAAUAUAUGCCUAGUAAAAAUUCUGGAAACAGUGUCCAGAUUGAAGGUCAGCAGAAAAGAUUUUGCUGCCAAGAUUGUGUUAGCAAAUAUAAACAGGUGAUGGGAACAAAAUCAAGAAAAUUAACAUCCAAAAACAGAAAAGAGAAUGCUGUUGGGGAAGAAAAUGAAAGAAAAUUACAUGGAUCAUUGAACACAUUUUCCGAAAAAGUAAAUGGAAUGCCAGAUAAGAAGGAAAAGACUCCAGAGCUUCAGGUUUCAGUAGAAUGUAGCACACAUCCAGCACUGAUCAAACAGGGUGUGAAUUUAUGUCCUUCCUACAUGUCAAUCAUAGCUGAUAAAUUUCAAGAGCAACUGGAAGAGAAAAAAUCAGAAGACCCCAUUAUAUCAAUUGUGCUUUCUUCAGAUCCAGGUACAUGGCCCCAAAUUUUGAGUAUUAAACAACGUGACACUCUUGUUGAAAAUGACCCACCUCAAGUAAGAAAUUUUAACUUUCCAAAAGAUAAUACAGGGAGGAAGUUUUCAGAAACUUAUUAUACACGAAUUCUUCCAAAUGGUGAAAAAACCACUAGAUCUUGGUUGCUUUAUUCAACCUCAAAAGAUUCCGUGUUUUGUCUAUAUUGCAAACUCUUUGGGGAAGGAAAAAAUCAACUGAAGAAUGAAAAUGGGUGCAAAGAUUGGCAGCAUUUAUCACAUAUUCUUAGUAAACAUGAAGAAAGUGAAAUACACAUCAAUAAUAGUGUUAAGUAUUCUAAAUUAAAAUCUGAUUUGGAAAAAAACAAAACCAUUGAAGGUGCAGAACACAGAUUAGAUGAAGAUGAGGAAAGCAGUGGUGUGCUAUUACUGUACACAUAAUAUACCUGCCUUGGUUUUGACAUGACAGUAUGUUCCAUUUACUCCAGUAUGUUAUGGUACUGACCUGUACCAUAACAGUCAGUAUCAUAUGUGUUGUGAGGCUAUUCUUAUACAGAGUAACUUGCAACGGUUCAUUAGCAACAAGGAUAAUAGUAAAUAAAUAAAGAAUAUUCCUGGUCCAAAAUUGUUAAAUUAAGUGUAUUCAGUAGUCAUUAAUGCAGAUUUCAAAAAGUCAAUUCUUAAUUUUAUCAAUUUGUCAAUUCACACCUUUAAAAUUGAUAUAUAAGGACAUUUGACAAGUUUGGUAAUUUUGUGUGAUAAUUACCUUGAAAGAGAGAGGGAAAAGGCUUGACUUUCCCAGUACUUAGGUGAACAAGUAUUCUCAUUGUUAUAAAAUUAAAAAAAAAAAAUCAGAAACAGUUUUACAGACGGGAAUCUGAACAGCUUUUUGCUAUUAAACCAAAUACUUGUGAUUUAUUU